AUGCCUUCCUCAACAAUAGACGAGUCCAAGUUCGACUCCAUCCCGGACGCCAUUGAGGCAUUCCGCAACGGCGAGUUCCUCGUCGUGCUCGACGACCCCUCGCGCGAGAACGAAGCCGACCUCAUCAUCGCCGCCGAGGCUCUGACGACGGGCCAGAUGGCCUUCAUGAUCCGCCACUCGUCGGGCUACGUCUGCGCGCCCCUCGCCCCCGAGCUCCUCGACCGCCUCGCCCUGCCGCCCAUGGUCGCCGUCAACGAGGAUCCCCGCGGCACCGCCUACGCCGUCUCCGUCGACGCCGCCGACCCCCUCGUCACCACCGGCAUCUCGGCCCACGACCGCGCCCUCACCUGCCGCGUCCUCGCCGACCCGGCCGCCCGCGCCGCCGACCUGCGCAGGCCCGGCCACGUCCUGCCCCUGCGCGCCCGCGCCGGCGGCGUCCGCGAGCGCAGGGGCCACACCGAGGCCGCCAUCGACUUUUGCAGGCUGGCCGGCAAGAGGGAGGCCGCGGCCAUCUGCGAGCUCGUCGACGACGGCCGCGCCGUCGAGGGCCGCGCCGUGCACGAGGAGGCCGGCAUGAUGCGCGGCGAGCAGUGCGUCGAGUUCGCCAAGCGCUUCGGGCUCAAGGUCUGCACCAUCGCCGACCUGGUGACGUACCUGGAGAAGACGGAGGGCAAGCUGGCCGUCAACGGGUCCUCGUGA